AUGCAGUUUGUCAAUGGUUUUGAUACUGACAAGGAGCUGGAAGUGUCUCCUGAGUACCAGGACAGAACAGAAGUGAACAAAACGGAGCUCAGCAUGGAGAUGAGAAACAUCAAAACUUCUGAUGAAGGAUUGUAUCAAUGUCUUGUCUUUUACUCCACAGCCAGUGCUCAAAUAUCCAGGAUCUAUCUCAAAGUCACAGGUGAGAAGAUCUCGGCUGUUUUGGGUCGCAGUGUUACGUUCAGAUGUACUUGGAACCUCAGUAUUCCUGUUUACAAAUUGUACAUCCAGAAACCUGAACUUCAGCCUCUGUUCAUCAAUGGUUUUGAUCUUGACAAGGAGCUACAAGUGUCUCCUGAGUACCGGGACAGAACAGAAGUGAACAAAGCAGAGCUCAGCAUGGAGAUGAGAAACGUCACAGUGUCUGAUGAAGGACCGUACGAAUGUGUUGUUUUUUCCUCAACAACCAGUCCUGAUCGAUCCAAGAUCUAUCUCAUGGUCACAGCCGAAUUCAGCACUCCAUCUGUGGAGGCCGAGUGCGGCGAGCGCAAUCCCGAAAAGGGGCGGAGCUGUCAGAUGAGCUGCGGAGCUGGGGGCGGGUACCCACGCAGUGAUGUCAUUUGGGCUGGGCUUAACCAGAGUAUGAUGAUCGUCCUUAACGACAGCUCUUCAGAAGAUUCAACAUACAAAACAUGGAGCAUCAACCAAACCAUCAAGUACACCUGCGAGCGUCCGGUCCAUGUCAGCUGUGAAAUAGGGGGCGCUGUUUCCCACACCAUCACUAUAUGCGAGUCAGCUCCACUGGGAUUUGACAUGUUUUGUUUGGGAUUUUGA